AUUGACAGUACUUCUGGUGGCUAUGGAUCCCGCGCCAACGGGAAUCAGGUGUUUGGCUUGAUUACGCAUGAAGAGGUCUGUCGUUUCUUGGUAGGUAUCCUUCAUCUCAUAAUUAUCGUCACGGGUUCUGCUCUGCGUUUGCCAAUGUACGACGAAUACGGUUUUCCUGCUAACUAUCCUCUCAAUUUGUAUGGAGAACCCCCUAUUGAUCCACAAGGUUGGAAUGAUUGA